AUGUCUAGCGACAUCUUCUCCGCCAGCGGCACAAAGGGCGAUCUGGAUCAAGGAAUCUCUGUCUCGACAUUUCUUGCUUCGCUGGCCACAGGUGCCAUCGUCUUCGCCGUUGAAGCUCUCCUAUUCUUGAUGCUGAAGGGGAACCUUCGCAGAAUCUACCAACCCCGCACCUACCUUGUGCCAGACCGUGAACGAACCAAACAACCAGCUGGCCCAUUAGGAUGGGUGUAUGCUGUGUUCCAGACCACCAAUGCCGAAUUUAUUCAGAAAUGUGGCCUGGAUGCUUACUUUUUCUUAAGAUACCUCCGUAUGCUCCUGAAGAUCUUUGUGCCAAUGGGUCUGGUUAUUCUUCCCAUCUUGAUUCCUAUAAACAAAUUUGGAGGAAAAGACAACAACUUCGUCAGCAAUAUAAAUUCUACCACGUGGAACGUGACCGGCAUGGACCAGCUUGCUUGGGGAAACAUCACGCCUCAGCACACAGAUAGAUAUUGGGCACAUCUCGUGCUUGCUGUUCUAUCGAUUUUCUAUGUCUGUGCGGUAUUCUUCGAUGAAUUGCGCGGGUAUAUCAGGCUACGACAGGCAUAUCUGACUUCGCCUCAGCAUAGACUGAGAGCAUCUGCUACAACUGUGCUUGUUACUGCAAUUCCUAAGAGGUGGUUGACAGUAGAGGCCCUGACAAAUCUGUAUGAUGUAUUCCCUGGAGGAAUUCGAAAUAUCUGGAUCAAUCGUCAGUUGGACGAGUUAAAUGAAAAGGUCAAACUCAGAGACCGGCUUGCUUUGGCCUUGGAGGCUGCGGAAACUGACUUGAUAGUUAAGUGCAAGAAAGCGCAGAUGAAGCAGGCCAAAGCCGAAGCAAAGAAAUCUGGGAAGAGAGCUUCCAAGGAAAAUGAAAAGCGAAAAGAGGAAACAGACAAAAACGCCGCUGAAUUGGUAAUGCAAUCAGGUAUCAGCUCAGGUGAUCCUCACCAGGUCGCGCACAAUGUGCAAGAUGCCCUCAAGAAGAAUCGGGAAAGCAAAAAUCUGGAAGCACAUCGUCAAAAAAAGAAGAAAUUCAUCCCCUUGGUGGGUGGAGGACUUACAAAUGUUGUUGGUAAUGGGGCAACUAAGUUGGUCGGAGGUCUCAGGAAAUCGAACCAAGGUGACGAACAACGGCUGGAUAAUACCCCCGGUUUUGCUGUGUUACCGGAAGAGCCGAGUUCUACCUCCAACAGGGAAAACAGCAAAGGAAUCAAUGACCCGAGGAACCAAUAUAUCCGUUCUAGUUUCGACAGCAACAAAGACUCGGUUAAUUCAGCUCCCGACGAAGCUGGCCAACACACAUCUUAUCCAGUCAACAGCGAGGAGCAAACCUCACGCCAUCCAGGCUGGAGCCGAAAAUCAUCCGCCAACUCAAAACGAGGAAAUCGGGCUCCCGAAAUCGAUGAAAUACCUUUGACCGAAGUGGAAACUAAAGAAAGCCAGAUACGUCCGGACACGGGCACCACUGACGACAGCGCAUCGCGUGAGAAAAAAGAUAGACAGGAGUAUCCUCUAGCCUACCAUGAGAAUUGGCAAGAGGACUGCGGCGAGCCACUGUGGAAGAAGUAUAUAAGGCAAAAAGAUCGCGAAACGAUGCGUCUUCCUAUUUUCGGGAUUACCUGGAUGCCAUCUCUACCUUUUAUCGGGAAAAAGGUCGACACUAUUGAUUACUGUCGUAAAGAAGUGGCGCGGCUCAAUUUGGAAAUAGAAAUCGACCAGCAGCAUCCAGAGAAAUUUCCUCUCAUGAAUUCGGCUUUCAUCCAGUUUAAUCAUCAGGUAGCCGCUCACAUGGCUUGUCAAACCGUCAGUCAUCAUGUACCAAAGCAAAUGGCUCCACGAGUGGUGGAAAUCUCCCCAGAUGAUGUUAUCUGGGAUAACAUGUCGAUGAAAUGGUGGGAACGUUAUCUACGCAGCGGUGGCAUCUUCAUUGUUGUUUGUGGUAUGGUUGCCGGCUGGGCUAUCCCCGUCGCCUUUACUGGUCUUUUGUCACAGCUUUCUUACCUCGAAGGAACAUUUCCGUGGCUCCAGUGGCUGUCCAAAUUACCCCAUUGGCUCUUUUCAGCUAUUCAAGGUGUUCUUCCACCGUUGUUCCUCUCCUUGUUAAUGGUUGUCCUCCCCGUCAUUCUUCGAUUCUUGUCCCAAACUCAGGGCCUACAAACAGGCAUGGCCGUGGAGUUGAUGGUCUCAAACUACUAUUUUGCAUUCCUUUUCGUCCAGCUGUUCCUAGUUGUGGCCAUCUCGUCUAGUUUUUCGACACUGAUUGAUUCGGUUACAAACAUCACUGGCUGGCCGGAACUUCUCGCUGAGAACAUUCCCAAGUCUAGUAACUACUUCUUCUCCUACAUGAUCCUUCGAGCCAUGUCUGUCAGUGCUGGUGCGCUCGCCCAAAUUCUCAACUUAAUCCAGUGGUUUAUCCUCGGUCCACUGUUUGACAACACAGCGAGGAAUAAGUGGUCGCGAACCACAAACCUGGAUACGAUACAAUGGGGAAGCUUCUUCCCGGUCUAUACUACCCUAGCAUGCAUCGGUCUCAUUUAUAUUAUUGUCGCUCCACUAAUUGUCGUAUUCAUCAUUGCUACCUUUGCUCUGUUCUGGUUCGUGUAUCGCUAUAACACGCUCUACGUCACGAAAUUCCGUUUUGAUACAGGUGGGCUUUUGUUCCCCAAAGCCAUCAACCAGAUGUUCACUGGACUGUACGUCAUGGAACUGUGUCUAAUUGGUCUCUUCUUCCUUGUACGAGACGAGAACGAGCGAGUGGCGUGCCAGGGUCAAGCCAUUGUGAUGAUCGUCGUCUUGAUACUCACAGUAGGAUAUCAAUACUUCUUGAACGAGGCUUUCUCUCCGCUCUUCCGUUACCUACCAAUCACAUUGGAGGAUGACGCUGUUCGUCGGGACGAAGAAUUCGCACGAGCUCAACGCAUAAGACACGGUCUUCCUGUCGAUUACGGCGAGGAGGAAGAGGAUGACGCCAAAAACGGACAUGCUUCUGAAUCACGGCAAGCGGGAUACAACGAGCAUGAUUUUGGAACUGACCGAAAAGAGAUCGAGCUUCAAGACAUUAACCGGGACAGCAAGGACGAAGAGCAAGGGAAUAAAAACAGUCUUUUGACCAGAAACCUCAGCACCAUGAGCAAACGGGUCAGCGGAAUGACAGCCGUCUCAUGGGCUGAUCGUUCACGAAAUCGACGCUCCAAAUACUUCGGUACAAACUCCGGGUACGAUGUCCCCAGCAUCCAAAAACUGCGGCAACAACUAGCCUAUGAAGCCGAAGAUGAAGAGACACGAGGCACAGGCACAAACCCCGUUGGCCGCUCCCUUUUCGCCGGCAUCCACGAUGAAUUAGAGGAUCUGACCCCCGACGAACGUGACCAGCUCGUCCAGCGAGCCUUCCAGCACGAAGCGCUACGAGCGAAAAGACCUGUGAUAUGGAUCCCCCGCGAUGACCUCGGGGUAAGCGAUGACGAGAUUUACUGUACUCAACGGUUCAGUAAAUAUUUAUGGAUUAGUAAUGAAUAUCAAGCGUUGGAUGGGAAGUGUCGAACUAUUUUCAGUCGCAGCCCGCCUGAUUUUUCGGAGGUUGAUUUGAUUCAGCUAUGA